AUGAAUGCAGCGCGAUCUAGCGCGCUUCACCAGCGGAAUCGACUCCUAUUGCAUACAGUUCCUUUGCGGACACCGGCACAAAGUAGGCGGGUGUUGACUACUUCAAUACCAGUUGCCUCACCUUCCAGCUCUUCGCCAUCUUCCGGUCAUGGUCAUGGACACGGGAAAGCAUUCAAUUCUUCACUUGCCGUAGACAGCAUUGGUAUUGCAGGUAGCAAUCCUGCCGAAUUCGCUUUAAUCAAUCAGUUCGAGACCUCGCAAACGCUCCCGGAGCCUAUCUCCCCGAUCAAACAACAUGAAAAACUCGUGCAGUCUGGGGUACUUCGAAGUGACGAUCAUCAGAUUCGCAUCAUUGGCAAAUUUCAACGUUUCUGGGAGCAGGUGCUCAAGUACGACCCUCCGCAUAUACCCGAAGUGAAGACAAGUAAUUCAUUGAUGUCUCGUCUGUUUUCUCGUGCGCCUUCAGCACCAGAAACCCCGCCCACAUCGGCACCAAAAGGUCUUUACCUUUAUAGUGACGUUGGCACAUAA